CUUGAAGAGCAAAUACUGGGUCAAUGAGCAAAGAUAUGGAGGAAUUUCAAUAGGAGGAAGGCUCCCAGUCCUUCAUGUUUCUGGAGAUCAAGUUGUCAAUUUUUUAAGUGAUCUUGGCCGAAUGAUGAAUGUGACAGGAGGACAAACCUCACUGGCUGCUGCUAAAGAAAUUUCUAAUUUCCUUAAAUACAUGGAAACUGAAGAUAAUAUUAAGGUAUGGUUUAACAAUAAAGGCUGGCACGCUAUGGUUAGUUUCCUUAAUGUAGCCAAUAAUGCAAUCCUUAGAGCUAACCUGCGGACUGGCCAAGCCCCAGAGGAAUAUGGAAUCACUGCUAUAAACCAUCCUUUGAACCUCACAAAGGAGCAACUCUCUGAAGUCACUGUGCUGACCACUUCAGUGGAUGCUGUUGUUGCCAUCUGUGUGAUUUUUGCCAUGUCCUUUAUACCAGCUAGUUUUGUUUUAUACCUGAUUCAAGAACGUGUAACAAAAGCCAAGCAUCUACAGUUUGUCAGUGGUGUGAGCCCUGUGAUCUACUGGCUAACUAACUUCAUGUGGGACAUAGUCAAUUAUGCACUGAGUGCUGGAAUGGUUGUGGUUAUAUUCGCUGGAUUCAACAAGAAAGCAUACACUUCUCCGACUAAUCUCCCUGUGCUUGUUGCCUUGCUGCUUCUGUAUGGAUGGGCAGUAAUUCCCAUGAUGUACCCUGCUUCUUCUUUCUUCAGUGUCCCUAGCACUGCUUAUGUUGCACUGUCGUGCAUUAACCUCUUUGUGGGGAUCAACAGCAGUGCCAUUACAUUCAUCUUGGAGUUAUUUGAAAAUAACCCGUCUUUGCUGAAGUUUAAUAAAACAUUGAAAAACGUGCUGAUUGUCUUCCCACAUUUUUGCCUGGGCCGUGGACUCAUUGACUUGGCCAUGAACCAAGCUGUGACUGAAGUAUAUGCCAGGUUUGGUGAGGAGCAUGUUUCCAAUCCAUUUCAGUGGGACUUUCUUGGUAAGAACCUGGUUGCCAUGGCUGUUCAAGGGGUUGUGUUCUUCAUUCUCAAUCUCCUUAUGCAGCAUCGCUUGUUCUCCACAAGAUGGAUUGCUGAGACUGCCAUGUCACCUAUUAUUGGUGAAGAUGAGGAUAUUUAUGCAGGUAGGCACAAGCCUGCAGUGGACAGACUCUGUGUUGGCGUCCGUCCCGGAGAGUGCUUUGGUCUUUUGGGAGUGAAUGGUGCUGGCAAAACAACAACGUUCAAAAUGCUGACUGGAGAUACUGAUGUGACAUCUGGAGAUGCUGUAGUGGCUGGCAAUAGUAUAUUGACCCACAUUUCUAAUGUCCAUCAAAACAUGGGAUAUUGCCCUCAGUUUGAUGCCAUUGAUGACCUCCUCACAGGACGAGAGCAUCUCUACUUAUAUGCACGCCUGCGAGGGGUUCCAGCAGAGGAAAUCAAGAGGGUUGCUGAAUGGGGCAUCCAGAAGCUGGGACUUCCUAUGUAUGCAGACCACCUGGCUGGCACCUACAGUGGUGGCAACAAGCGCAAGCUCUCCACUGCUAUUGCACUGAUAGGCUGCCCACCACUCAUCUUGCUAGAUGAACCAACUACUGGAAUGGACCCUCAGUCCCGGCGUCUCCUGUGGGACUCUAUUGUCAGUGUGCUCAGAGAUGGGCGAGCUGUGGUUCUAACGUCACACAGUAUGGAAGAAUGUGAAGCCCUCUGUACUCGCUUAGCCAUCAUGGUAAAAGGUACCUUCAAAUGCCUGGGCACAAUUCAGCAGCUAAAAUACAAGUUUGGAGAUGGGUACAUCGUCACUCUGAAAAUCAAAGCUCCAAAGUCUGGGCUGCCUCCAGAUCCUACUCCUGCUGAGCAAUUCAUACGUGUGAACUUCCCAGGGAGUUUACAGAGAGAGAAGCACUACAACAUGCUGCAGUAUCAGAUUUGCUCCUCUUCUCUGGCUAAGAUUUUUCGGUUAAUACUCUCCAAUAAGGAAAACUUGCAUAUUGAAGAAUAUUCUGUGUCUCAAACAACUUUAGAUCAGGUUUUUGUGAACUUUGCUAAACAGCAGAUGGAGGAUGAGGAAAUUCCUUUGCAUCCCCGUGCAGCUGGAGCCAGCCGAGAAGCAAAGGUGUCCCCUGCUUUGCAUCAGCAGGCAGCUGCAUAGACUAUUCUUA